ACCAGCGACCCUCUGGUACCUGCAGAAGUGGAAAGCUUGUCACGAGGCCACGUGACCAGUGCCUGGAUAAGUCCGGUCAUGUCCGUUAAAGUCACAUGACUAAAGCCGGAAUUGGAAGAAUGAAGGUCCGAGCCAGGGCUGCGGGCAAGAAGCGAUACACGUGACCACACAAGCGAUUUUGCGAUUCCGAUCCAAACUUAAGCUCCGCUUUUCCUUUUUCUUGAACGAUCACCAAAGGUUGAGGAAGACAACUUGUCGAGAUGCAAAUCUUCGUCAAGACCCUUACGGGUAAGACUAUCACCCUUGAGGUGGAGUCGUCGGACACCAUCGACAAUGUCAAGUCCAAGAUCCAGGACAAGGAAGGAAUUCCCCCGGACCAACAGCGUCUGAUCUUCGCUGGUAAGCAGCUGGAGGACGGCCGCACUCUUUCGGACUACAACAUCCAGAAGGAGUCGACCCUGCACCUCGUGCUGCGCCUGCGUGGUGGUGGUAAGAAGCGCAAGAAGAAGGUCUACACCACCCCCAAGAAGAUCAAGCACAAGCGCAGAAAGACCAAGCUUGCCGUCCUCAAGUACUACAAGGUUGAUGGCGAUGGCAAGAUUGAGCGUCUCCGCCGCGAGUGCCCCGCUCCCGAGUGCGGUGCUGGUGUCUUCAUGGCCGCUAUGCACAACCGCCAGUACUGUGGCAAGUGCCACCUCACCUACGUUUUCGACGAGUCCAAAUAAGCGGAUCGCUCGUUACCCUCCGGUAAAGACUUGGUUGGAUAGGUUGAGGAUCGCCUCGGCUUCGGCAGAUAGUUAUGAAUGACAAUGAAUGAAUGUCUGCUGGUC